AUGAGCAAUCCCGAACGGUUGAAGACGACAAAAGAGCCACACGCACCUGUCGACCCGCUUGGUGCAGGAAAGCUUCAUGGCCCUCCGCGUGACAAGCAUAUUGUCGUGGUACUCGGCCUCGACAAGCUCGCGCGCGAGCGCCUGAAGCGCGACGGAGAGUCGCCCUCCGACGACACGCCCCUGUCGCGUGCGUUUUCGUGUGACAUGCUCCAGCAGCAAACGAUCCACCAGUCCAUCGCAGAUAUCCAGGCAACGUGGCCGGACCGCUUCAUUGGAACGUGUGCUUACAAUGGCAGUAUCCGCAAGCGUGGCGAGUUCCUAAAAGUCACUAUGGAGCAGCUCAAAGACAGCAUCGAGGCGAGCGUUUUCGCCUUCUUUACCUUUGCACAGCUGACCCUGCGCAAGAUGGAGGAGCAUGGCCAAGGCGGCUCGCUUCUGGUCACGGGCGCCACAAGCAGCAUUCGUGGCCGCGAAGGGUUCUCCAUUGCGCGCGAGUACGGCCCGAAGAAUGUGCACGUCGCACAUGUCAUUGUCGAUGGUCUGAUCGAGAGCAAGACGGCGCUUGCCUUCUUUGGCAAGCCCACCGACGAGCGCUUCCUCGAUGGCAAUGUCCUCGUCACCGACCAGAUGGCAAAGUCGUGGCUCUUCCUCGCUCAGCAGCACCCCAGCACUUGGACGUUGGAGCUGGACCUGCGCCCAGCCAACGAGAAGUUCUAG